AAAACAUAACCAAUUUCAAUCAAACCCCAUAAUAAUAUCUCCUGAAUUUCUAGAGACAGAGUGAGAAAAACAAGAGAAGUCGUCAGAUUUCAAUGGUGAUGAAUUCUAAAAGAAUCCAUUAUCAACUAUAUUCAUGAAGAAGUUGAUGAGUAGUGUUGUAAUUAGUUGAAAUGGAUGAAUUCAUAUCUGAAACUAAGAAUGAGUUGUUGAGUUAUAGUUUUCGCUUUGAAUUUAAGUUAAAUUCGUUAUCGAUACCAAGAAUAUGAUCCUAACCCUAGAACCCAUAUCGGAUCUCACCUGUGGAUCCACUCAAUUUUACUUUCAAUGGAUGCCGCUGCAUCUCGUCCUGCUGUAGUUAUUGAUAAUGGAACUGGCUAUUCUAAAAUGGGUUUUGCUGGUAAUGUAGAACCGUGUUUUAUAAUACCAACUGUUGUCGCUGUAAAUGAGUCGUUUCUUAAUCAACCAAGAGGUUCAGUUAAGGGAAGUAAUUGGUUAGCACAACAUAGUGCUGGUGUGAUGGCAGAUCUUGAUUUUUAUAUAGGGGAGGAAGCUGUAUCAAGGUCGAGAUCGAGUAGUAGUUAUAACUUAAGUCAUCCAAUUCAACAUGGUCAGGUUGAGAAUUGGGAUGCAAUGGAAAGAUUUUGGCAACAAUGUAUAUUCAAUUACUUAAGAUGUGACCCGGAAGAUCAUUACUUUCUACUUACAGAAAGUCCACUUACUCCACCUGAAAACCGUGAAUAUACUGGAGAAAUCAUGUUUGAAACGUUUAAUGUUCCGGGUCUUUAUAUCGCUGUUCAACCAGUUCUUGCUCUCGCCGCGGGUUACACCACUUCCAAGUGUGAAAUGACAGGAGUUGUAGUGGAUGUUGGAGAUGGUGCUACACAUAUUGUGCCUGUUGCAGAGGGUUAUGUUAUCGGGAGCAGCAUUAAAUCUAUACCUAUCGCUGGAAGGGAUGUUACCCAAUUUAUCCAGCAGCUCAUGCGGGAAAGAGGGGAGCUUAUACCACCCGAAGACGCAUUUGAAGUAGCUCGGAAGGUUAAAGAGAACUAUUGCUACACUUGUUCAGAUAUAGUCAAGGAAUAUAACAAGCACGACAAAGAACCAUCGAAGUACAUCAAGCAAUGGAGAGGGAUUAAACCUAGGACAGGAGCACCAUUCUCUUUUGAUGUUGGCUAUGAACGCUUUCUCGGCCCUGAGAUUUUCUUCAAUCCUGAAAUAUAUAGUAGCGACUUUAAAACUCCAGUACCAUCCGUGAUAGACAAGUGCAUUCAGUCUGCGCCAAUUGACACACGAAGAGCACUGUACAAGAAUAUUGUUCUAUCUGGAGGAUCUACCAUGUUCAAGGAUUUUCAUAGAAGAAUACAAAGAGAUGUAAAGAAGAUUGUAGAUGCUCGGCUCCAUGUGUCUGAUACAAGGCUUGGUGGAGAAAUUAAAUCACAACCAGUGGAAGUCAAUGUAGUCAGCCAUCCCAUUCAGAGGUUUGCAGUUUGGUUUGGAGGCUCUGUUCUGGCAUCAACACCUGAGUUCUAUGCAGCUUGCCACACAAAAGCAGAGUACGAGGAGUAUGGAGCAAGUAUCUGUCGGACGAAUCCUGUUUUCAAGGGAAUGUAUUAGGUAUAAAAGGUGUCUAGUUUCUCUGAGGCCACUAAUCUACUUCGGGUAUCAAUUGAUGCAUAUCUAACAUGUACUCUCAAUCAUCUAACAUAGAACCAUGGUUAGUUAAAAUUUUAGUUGUUCCAGUUAUACAAGUGCAUUCAGGAACACCUAACUAUUAAGUGCUCCUGUUGUAAUUAGAUUGUUAAAAGAUAAACAUCUGGGUACCCUUAGUUUUCGACCUUCCACAUCCACAAUCUUAGUGAAUUUGAUUGAUGUUUAGUUUUCUUUUAAAUUUACAAUUUGAUUUUUAAAAUGUAAUUGUAUAUUUAAUUUUGUCGAUCUUUUAUGCAUUGUUGUCUGGAUAUCUUUCUUUCUUGGGUCUGUUGGGAACUUGUUAAGUUUGGGCAAGUUUGAAAACGAGGUCGUUCUUUUUAUGGAUGAAACAAAUUGCUGGGAA